AGGAAGUCAAUCGUUUCGAAACGCAUGCGCAGCCUAUCUAUGCCAGCCGCCCUGGGUGUCGAUCUGACUUUAAAAAAACGGAUGUGCUUUAGAAAACGAAACAGUAACACACCGAAUUUUAAUGACAAACUUGUGCAAGAUCUGAACAGAGUGAGAAGAAGCAGCAGAUGUCGCAGAAUGAGAACGCCACCACAACGCAAUCUGCACGCAACCAUAGAUCAAAUACAUGCUGUUUCUGCUGGUGCUGUUGCUGCAGCUGCUCAUGGAGAGAUGAUGAUGAUCGAAAUCGAAGAAUUUCUUACGAUAUCAAAUUGGAAACGAUACAGAAUUGUGAAGCAAGUGCACAGCCAACAGCAGAAGAAGUGCGUUCAUGGGCUCAAUCCUUUGAUAAGCUAAUGAAAACUCCUGCAGGCAGAAAUACCUUCAGAGAAUUCUUACGAACUGAAUACAGUGAAGAAAAUAUGCUCUUUUGGCUAGCAUGUGAAGAUCUCAAAAAUGAAGCAAACAAAAGUGUUAUUGAGGAAAAAGCAAGAAUGAUAUAUGAAGACUUUAUUUCUAUACUUUCUCCUAAAGAGGUUAGCCUUGAUUCACGGGUCCGUGAUGUCAUCAACAAAAAAAUGGCGGAGCCAUCAAUUCAAACGUUUGACGAUGCACAGCUUCAGAUCUAUACCUUAAUGCACAGAGACUCCUAUCCAAGGUUCCUGAACUCUUCUAUAUACAAGUCAUUGUUUCAGAGGCCAUCCAGCACAUCUUCAGAAUCCUAGAUAUUUAACUAUACGUUACAGAGAAAAAAAAAAUCAAUUUUUGUAUACAGGCAUCAAAUUGUCUACUGAAGGUACAGGGUCAUCACCAAGAGAAAAAAUUGAACUCAGGUUUAUUUUACUACUGAUUUCCUGUUGCCUAAUAAAAUGCAAGAAGCACUAAAGGACUGGAUAUUAACAGCUUCAGAUUAACCUGUGCAAAACUCUAGUGAUGGCUUAAAUAAUAAUAUUGAUUUUAGUCUGUAUGUUUUUGCAAGCAUUAGUAAAAAAACUUAGUGCAGGGGUUCAGUUUUGCAUAGCCCUUACAUACAUUAGGUACCAACGACAUGAAAAUAAGAGCUGAAAACACACUGCUUCAUUCCAGUAAUUUCAGGACAGAUUUUUUUUUGAGCUCAUUUACAUUGAAAAUAAACUGUUUCUGGUGAAAGGGAUAUUACUUUAUCUUUAUAUUAGAGCUUAACUAUUCAUGUUGCUUCAAAGAAGGUACAAAAGUGAAUGUUUCAAAAUGUAAUGAGUGCAGUCCUGCAUUUUAAAAAACACCAACAUUGCUGCUAUGGUUUCACCAGUUGUCACAAAAUCAUUCUGUCCCAAAUUCGUACGGUCAAGAGCACUGUAAUGAUGUUAUUUUCCAUCUCGUUUUCUGUCUUUAAAACGUACAAAUUAAAAUUCUGAACUCAAUGGUGAUGGCACAAUAACAACAAAGCUCCAAUAGUUCUAAGCCAAUAUGAUAAAUUAUCUGAAUAUUGUAGAAAAUGCUUUCAUUAGAUGACAGCCAGGUAAGUGUGAAUUCUUGUUGAAAGGGAACUAAGAUGUCCAUGUGAGUUAUAUUGCCAAUCUGGCUCUAGAACAAAUGCAUAAGACAAAUUAAAUUCCACCCCUUACUUUUUCUUAAAGAUUGAUAGCUUAAUAUGCUGCACAUCCUAAUUGGACUGCAUUAGUAACUUGUACGAGGAAACUAUCGAUAGCUGUCUGUUACAGCUAAUGGUGGAAUAUAUUUGUGGAAUUUUCUUCUUAGCACAGGUAACCAAUAAAUAAAGGGCUUUAAAUAUAUCGAGGCUUACCGACAAGAUGAAAAAUAACUCAACAAAUAUAUGGAAACAAAAAAUGUCCUCACUAUAAUUUUUGAAAUUCAUUGACAAUGUUUUACAAGCACAGUUAAGAGAAUUUGUUAAAAUUUAAAUAAAUAAUAUUGCUAAUCUG